AUGGCGGAAGAAUUUAAGGAGAGGGGAUACGAUCACAGUCUAUUAGAAAGAAUUAUGCAAGAUGUAAUUGCACAUAGAUCUGAUACAGCUAAGAUGUACUUUGGGAAGAAUGAACAUGAUCUGGAUGAUCGUGAUCAACUAUCUCUCUGUGAAGCUUGUGAUAUUGAACUGCAUCUCAAAACUUUGAAGCGUCAUAUUGCCUAUUUAGAAGAAUCAAGCUUCCGGGAUGUUAAACAACUCAUAGUGCCCCUUUUUCAUACAAUUUACCUAAUAUGGGGCCAUUCUAAAUAUUAUUGCUCUCCACCAAGAAUUGUCGUUUUGCUGCAGGAAUUUUGCAAUCUUUUAAUUGAUCGGGGUAUUGCAUACCUGAUUCCAGAAGAACUUUUUAAACUAGAAUUGGAGGAAGGACUAGAGAAGGUACAAGAAACAGCAGAUAUAUUUAAAUGCUUUAAGAACUGCUAUAUGCUGCACAAAGAAAAAACUCUCCAGGUUUGCGUAGAUGAAGAAAAAUUAGAACCAUGGGACUUUCCAGAACAGCUUGUGUUCGCGCGAUUUGACAGGAUCAUGAACCGAUUGCUAAAUAUUGAGGAGCUGUUUCUGUCAGCCAUUGAUUUUCUCAAGUUAGAGAAGCUUGAGAUUGGAGGAUCAAGAGGAAAAAUUCUAAGUGAAGAAAUUUAUAGUAUGAACGAGGAGUUCCAUGAUAUCUGGAGAAUCUUCCAAGAAAGCAAAUAUGACCCACUUGACUUCAGCAGUAUGGAGUUUCAUUCUGAUUAUGUUCGAUACAUUGAACAAAUAAAUGACUUUGAUCAGCGCCUAGGAACUAUUCUAAAUCUUGCCUUUCAACAGUCAAGAGGACUAGAGUCUGCCUUUAAGCUUUUGCAAAUAUUUGGCAUACUUCUGGGAAGACCAGCAAUCAAUGCACUUUUCUCUCCAAAUUAUGCUGUGCUACUUACUAUGUUUGAAGAAGAGAUUACAUGCUGCAAGCAAAUCUUUGAUGCCCAGAAAGAUAUGCUUAGGGGCAACUGUAAUGCUUUACACAGAAAUAUGCCAGUGACUGCAGGGAACUUGAAAUGGUCUCAAGAGUUGCGAGAAAGGAUACUUAGCCACAGAACAGCCUUCAGACACAUUAAUCAUCCUACACUUGUUAGAGGAAUUCUGCAGACUCAUGAAGGAAAACUGAUUUUUGACAAGUGUGAAAAGGUAUUGGCUCUACUAGACAAGCAUGAUGAAGAAAUAUAUUGCUUGUGGGCAGAAGGCCUUAGUGCUGUUUGUGAAUCGGAUCUUAACCAGCCACUCCUCAAAUUCAGUGAUAGUGGAUUAUAUGAAGUAAACUUUGAUCAUAAGUUGUCUUCUGUACUUCGUGAAGUUAAAUAUCUCACGUUGUUGAAACAUGACAGCAUACCAGACAUUGCAUCAUUCUUGUAUUCUAAAAGGGAGACUCUUUAUAAGUAUACUGCUGCUUUAAAUCUGGUCACUGAGUGGCAUAACAGAAUACACACAACCAUUCUGGAUGUUGAAUUUCAGCUUGUGAGGUCUGACCUGGUGAAAAUGGAUGAACAGUUGCAGUUGGCCCUUAAGACUCUAACAUGGCAGAGUGAAGAUCUGUGGAAUUAUAUUCAAGAAACAAGAGAUUUGGUUUCUAAUAUUGACAGUAGGAUUUUAAAUUCAAAACAGAAUGUUGGGAAGAUUCAGGAACUAAUGGACACUUUAAGUGAAAAAACAUUCCUUGUAAGAGAAAACAACAGAGACAUAUCUCUUCUUGCUAUAGAAGACACAAAAAGAACAUACAAGUACUACAGAAUGAUUCAAGAAACUGGAGAAAAGAUCCAUCAUCUAAUAAAGGUGAAUCAGCAGUUAUUUCUAGCAGACUCUUAUUCAGAUGAAUGGAAGGCAUAUGCAGAAUACAUUGAUGGCAUGAUCUUAGAUGGAUUCAUCAGAGCUAUCAAGUGCUCUCUUUACUACCUCAUUGAAAACACUGAGUCAACUUUGAAAUCAUCUCCCCUCUUUGAAGUGCAACUUCUUCUCAAUGGCAAAGAAAUGACAUUUAAACCAUCCUUAGACAUGGCAGUGAAAUCCAACUUUUAUGACAUUAUGGAUGGACUUGUGAAAGAUAUCUUCAGAAGUGCUUCAUUUAUAAAGAGAGUGGCUCAACACAUUGAAAUGGAUAACUAUCAGCAACAAGUGGAUGAGAUGAUUACACUAACUGCAUUUCACCAAGAGAUCAUGUCCAGAGUAAUGGGUGUCAUUCACAAGAUUAAGAAGUUCCAGAAAACAUUCACUAAGUACAGCUACUUGUGGAAGGAUGACAGAAAUGAAUAUCUUAAAUUAUUUCUCCUUUAUGGUCAUGGGCUUAGUGCUGAAGAGAAGGAACUGCAUACUGAAAAUAAUCUUCAAAAAUGCCCACCACAGCUUGAAAACUUCAAGCUGCAGAUCAAUAUUUAUGAAACACUGUACAGAGAAGUGGCUGCUUCAGAAGACAAGAAGAUAUUUGAUGGGUGGUUCCAAGUUGAUAUUAAACCUUUUAAAUUUUCUUUAAUGACUGUCAUAAAGAGGUGGAGUUGGAUGUUCAAAGAAUACCUUCUCAAGCAUGUAGUUUGCAGUGUCAGUGAACUGGAGAACUUCAUCAGUGAAACUGAAAAGGGGUUGGCAAAAGAAGUAAAAGAAGGGAAUUACACAGAAUUAGUUGAAAUAAUGAGACAUCUUAUGGCUAUCCGUGAUAGACAGUCAACAACAGAUGAAAAUUUCAAACGAUUAAAAUUAACAGCAAAGCUACUAAAAAUAUAUGGACAGCAGAUACCUGAAGAGGUUUAUACACAGUUAGAGGAACUGCCAGAAGAAUGGAAGAACCUGAAAAAGAUUGCUUUCACUGUAAAGCAUGAAGUAGCUCCUCUGCAGUCGAAUGAAGUCUCAGUUAUCAGAAGAAAAUGCAUACGUUUUGAGGUUAAACAGAAUGAAUUCUGGAAACAAUUUAAAAGUGAUAUCAUCUUUCAUUUUGACACAGAAGACCCUUACAUCCAUAUAGACAAGAUGCAUAGAAAUAUUGCAAGGCUUGAAGCAGAAAUGAAAGGACUUCAGGAUACAGCAGCUCUUUUUGAAGUGAAUGUGCCAGAGUAUAAGCAGUUGAAGCAGUGCCGUUCUGAUAUCAUCCUACUGAAAGCAGUUUGGGAUAUGGUCUUUUUUGUCAGGGCCAGUAUUGAUGACUGGACUCAUACACCAUGGAAGCAGAUAAAUGUUGAAAUAAUGGAUAUGGAACUACGAAGAUUUGCUAAGGAAAUGAAAACCCUUGAUAAGGAAGUCCGAACAUGGGAUACGUAUAUUGGGCUCGAGUUAACAGUUCGAAAUUUGCUGACAUCCCUAAGGGCUGUAAAUGAACUACAGAAUUCAGCUGUCCGUGAAAGGCAUUGGCAUCAGCUCAUGAAUUCUACAAGGGUUAUAUUUAUCAUGAAUGAAGAAACUACUUUAGGAGACUUGCUGGCCUUACAACUACACAAAGUUGAAGAUGAAGUGAAAAAUAUUGUAGACAAAGCAGUAAAAGAAAUGACAAUUGAAAAGGUGCUUGCAGAAAUUAAUCAGACAUGGAGCAUGAUGUAUUUUUCAUAUGAAAAACAUUCCAGCACAGGAACACCUCUACUGAAGUCUGAUGAAACCCUCAUUGAAACACUGGAAGAUAAUCAGGUGCAGCUGCAGAACAUCUUGAUGAGUAAAUAUGUGGAAUACUUCUUGGUAGAAGUUAGUGGCUGGCAGAAAAAAUUAAUCAUUACAGAUAUGGUUAUAUCCAUUUGGAUGGAGGUUCAACAUACAUGGGCCCACCUGCAAAGCAUUUUUACUAACUCUGCAGAUAUAAGAAAUCAACUCCCUGAAGAUGCUAAAAGAUUUGAAGGGAUUGAUCUUGAUUUUAAGAACUUAAUGGCUACAGUUGUGAAAACACGAAGAGUAAUAGAAGUAACAAACCAAAUGGGUCUACUGGAAAAAUUAGAAAUUCUGCAACAAAGGCUUACAAUGUGUGAAAAAUCACUGGCAGAAUAUCUAGAGACUAAAAGGCUGACGUUUCCCAGAUUUUAUUUUGUCUCUGCAAUGGAUUUGCUAGAAAUAAUCUCUAAAGGAACACAACCUAAACAGAUUACUAGGCAUCUGUUAAAGUUGUUUGAUAAUGUUGCUGACUUGCAAGUAGAGCACAUCAAUGAAGGAGAACAGAUUGCACUUGGAAUGUAUAGCAAAGAAGGAGAGUAUGUGCAGUUCUCAAAUCCAUUUACAUGCGAUGGACAGGCUGAGCACUGGCUAAGCUUGUUAGAAGAGACGAUGCGUGCUGCUGUACGAGAAGAAAUCAUGGAUGCUGUAGCAGCAUAUGAGGACAAACCAAGGGAUCAAUGGCUGUUUGAUUAUCCUGCACAGGUGGCUUUGACUGGCAGUCAGAUAUGGUGGGCAACUGAUGUUGGAAUUACUUUUGUACGCCUUGAAGAGGGAUUUGAAAAUGCUUUGAAAGACUAUAAUCGUAAGCAGAUUACCCAGUUGAAUGCCCUUAUAAACAUGCUUUUAGGAGAACUCACCCCUGGUGAUCGUCAGAAGAUCAUGACAAUAUGUACAGUUGAUGUGCACGCUAGAGAUGUUAUAGCCAAGCUUAUAGCACAGAAGGUCUGCAAUGGUCAAGCUUUUGCUUGGCUCUCACAGUUACGACAUAGAUGGGAUGAUGACCAAAGGCAUUGCUUUGCAAACAUUUGUGAUGCCCAGUUUCAGUACUCCUAUGAAUAUCUUGGCAAUACACCUCGUCUUGUAAUCACUCCACUAACUGACAGGUGUUACAUAACCCUAACGCAGUCCUUGCAUCUGACAAUGAGUGGUGCUCCUUCAGGUCCUUCUGGAACAGGAAAGACAGAAACAACAAAGGACUUAGGUCGCUCCCUUGGGAUUAUGGUAUAUGUUUUCAACUGCUCAGAACAAAUGGAUUACAAGUCAAUUGGUAACAUUUAUAAAGGCCUUGCACAGACCGGAGUGUGGGGAUGUUUUGAUGAGUUCAAUCGAAUCUCUGUGGAGGUUCUUUCAGUUGUGGCUGUUCAAGUAAAAACUAUUCAGGAUGCAAUUAGGAACAAGAAGCAGAGCUUCUACUUUCUAGGAGAAAUAAUUGAUCUGAAACCUACUGUAGGUAUUUUUAUAACCCUUAAUCCAGGAUAUGCAGGAAGAGCAGAACUUCCAGAGAACCUUAAAGCCCUUUUUCGACCAUGUGCUAUGGUGAUUCCGGACUUUGAACUUAUAUGUGAAAUAAUGUUAGUGGCUGAAGGAUUUGUGGAUGCAAGGAUGCUUGCCAGAAAGUUUAUAAGUUUCUAUACACUUUGUCGUGAACUACUUUCCAAACAGGAUCAUUACGACUGGGGUCUUCGAGCCAUCAAAUCUGUCUUAGUUGUGGCUGGGUCAUUGAAGAGAGAAGACAGAAGCAAACCUGAAGACCAGGUUCUGAUGCGUGCCCUGAGGGAUUUCAAUCUUCCGAAGAUAGUAACAAAUGAUGCUCCCAUCUUCCUGGGACUUAUAAGUGACUUAUUUCCAUUGCUGGAUGUUCCUCGCAAAAAAGACCUGGAUCUGGAACAGAUGGUGCGUCAAUCCAUUGUAGAACUCCGCCUGCAGCCUGAAGAAAACUUUAUACUGAAGGUUAUUCAGCUAGAGGAGUUGUUAACAGUGAGGCAUUCAGUCUUUGUCGUCGGAAAUGCUGGAACUGGCAAAAGUCAGAUUUUGCAGGCUCUGCAUAGGACUUACACUAAUAUGAAAUUGAAGCCAGCAUGGAAUGACAUAAACCCGAAGGCUGUAACUACAGAUGAGCUUUUUGGUUUUCUUCAUCCUGCCACAAGAGAAUGGAAAGAUGGUUUGUUUUCAUCCACCAUGAGAGAACUAUCUAGCAUUUCCCAUGAUGGUCCCAAGUGGAUUGUUCUUGACGGAGAUAUUGAUCCCAUGUGGAUUGAAUCACUUAAUACAGUCAUGGAUGACAACAAGGUACUGACUUUGGCAAGUAAUGAAAGGAUAUCCUUAAAUUCCUCUAUGCGACUGGUAUUUGAAAUCAGUCAUCUUCGUGCUGCAACUCCAGCUACAGUAUCCCGAGCUGGCAUUCUUUAUGUGAAUCCUCAGGAUUUAGGAUGGAGCCCGUUUGUUACUAGCUGGAUUGAUACUCGGAGAGCUCAGUCAGAAAGGGCAAAUCUGACAAUACUUUUUGAUAAAUAUGUGCCUCCAUGCCUAGAGCAAGUACGAUCUAAUCAUAAAACUGUCACACCGGUUCCUGAAAACAGUAUGGUACAGACUCUGUGUUUUUUGCUGGAUUGCCUGUUAACAUCUGAGAACACUCCACCUGACUCGCCUCGAGAAGUAUAUGAAAUAUAUUUUGUAUUUGCUGCAGUAUGGGCAUUUGGUGGGGCCCUUCUUCAGGAUCAACUUAUUGAUUAUCGUAUGGAGUUUAGCAAAUGGUGGACAAAAGAAAUGAAAUCCAUCAAAUUUCCUUCCCAGGGUACAGUGUUUGAUUACUUUAUCGAUCCUGAUACCAGAAAGUUUAUGCCAUGGACAGAGAGGAUUCCUGAUUUUGAGAUGGAUUCUGAAGUCCCACUUCAGAAUGUCUUGGUCCAUACAGCAGAAACAGUUCGCUUGAAAUAUUUUGUUGAUUUGCUUUUGGAAAAAGGAAAACCAGUUAUGUUAGUUGGAAAUGCUGGAGUUGGAAAGACAGUCCUUGUGUCUGACUGUGUUACCAAACUAUCAGAUGACUUCAUGAUAUCCAAAGUUCCUUUUAAUUACUAUACAACUUCUGCCAUGCUUCAGCGUGUACUGGAAAAACCACUGGAAAAAAAAGCAGGGAGAAAUUUUGCUCCCCCAGGAACAAAGAAGCUUAUUUACUUUAUUGAUGAUCUUAAUAUGCCUGAGGUAGACAGCUAUGGCACUGUGCAACCUCAUACACUCAUUAGACAGCACCUUGACUACAACCACUGGUAUGACAGACAGAAAUUAGUUCUGAAAGAAAUUCACAACUGUCAGUAUAUCUCCUGUAUGAAUCCAUCUGCAGGCAGUUUUUCAAUAAAUCCACGUCUUCAGAGACAUUUUUCUGUUUUUGUUGUCCAUUUUCCUGGUGUUACUGCUUUGACAACAAUCUACUGCAGCAUACUUAAUGGACACUUCCAGCAAAAAGGCUUCAGCUUUAGUGUUAUGAAAUCUACAAAUGUUUUAGUUCAGGCUGCAAUAUGCUUGCAUCAGAAAAUGACUCAGAACUUCUUUCCUACUGCUGUUCGGUUCCAUUAUAUUUUUAAUUUGAGAGAUUUAUCCAGCAUAUUUCAGGGUCUGCUUUUUGCAUCUCCGGAAUGUGUACGUUAUCCUACUGAUUUGAUUCAUUUGUGGCUUCAUGAAUCAUCUCGAGUGUAUUCUGACAAACUUAUGGAGGAAAAAGACAUCGAACAUUUUAACAAAGUGUUAAUUGACACUGGCAAAAGAUACUUUGAGGGUGUUGAUGAACACAUGUUAAUCAAUGAGCCAUUAAUUUAUUGCCAUUUUGCUCAUGGUGUUGGAGAACCUCGUUAUUUUCCUGUAUCUGACCGUGAAAGAUUACACAGAAUUUUAACAGAUGCCUUAGAACACUAUAAUGAACUCCAUGCAGCAAUGAAUCUUAUUCUGUUUGAAGAAGCUAUGCAACAUAUUUGUCGUAUCAAUCGCAUCCUUGAAGCUCCAUAUGGAAAUGCAUUAUUAAUUGGAGUUGGUGGAAGUGGUAAACAAAGUUUAUGCCGCCUUGCAGCAUUCCUUAGUUCCUUAGAAGUCUUUCAAAUCACCCUUCGUAAAGGAUAUGGGAUACAUGAUCUUAGGAGUGAUAUAGCAGCACUUUAUAUUAAAGUUGGAGUAAAGAACAUUGGUACUGUUUUCCUCCACACUGAUGCGCAAAUACCAGAUGAACGUUUUCUGGUUCUAAUUAAUGACAUGUUGGCAUCAGGUGAUAUUCCAGACCUUUUCAGUGAGGAAGAAGUAGACAACAUUGUAUCUUCCAUGAGAAUGGAGCUACGUGGUCUUGGUCUCAUAGAUACAAGAGAAAACUGCUGGCAGUUCUUCAUUGACAGGAUUCGCAGACAGCUAAAGGUUGUCCUAUGUUUUUCACCAGUGGGCUUUACACUGAGAACAAGAGCAAGGAAGUUCCCAGCACUUGUGAACUGCACAGCCAUUGACUGGUUCCAUGCUUGGCCACAGGUAGCCUUAGAAUCUGUCAGCAGCAGCUUUAUUGCACAAAUUGAAGGACUCAAUCCUCAUAUGAAAACUUCUAUCAGCAGUUUUAUUGCAUAUGCUCAUAAAAGUGUGAAUGAGGUUAGUGUAAAGUAUCAACAAAAUGAGAAACGCUUCAACUACACCACCCCAAAAAGUUUUCUAGAACUCAUCAAACUUUAUCAAAACUUGCUGAGGAAAAAGAGAAUGGAAUUAUUCCAGAAGAAUGAAAGACUAGAAAAUGGACUCCAUAAAUUACAAACUACUGCUUCUCAGGUGGAAGGUUUGAAGGCUAAACUGGCAUCUCAAGAAGUAGAACUUCAGCACAAGAACAGUGACACAGAGGCACUCAUUGCAAAAAUAGGACAACAGACGAUGAAACUUAAUGAAGAAAAGGAUUUUGCAGAUGCGGAGGAACAGAGGGUUGCUGCAAUCCAGGCUGAAGUUACAAAACAACAGAGAGAAUCAGAGGAAGACCUUGCUAAAGCGCAGCCUGCAUUAUUUGCUGCACAUGCUGCUCUGAACACCUUGAACAGGUUAAAUCUUACAGAACUAAAGACAUUCCCAAAUCCACCGGCUCUAGUUACCAAUGUUACUGCUGCUGUUUUGGUACUCUUGUCUCCUCAUGGUAGAAUACCAAAAGACCGAAGCUGGAAAACUGCAAAAAUGUAUAUGAGCAAGGUGGAUGAUUUUCUACAAUCUCUUGUUAACUUUGAUAAGGAGCAUAUUCCUGAUGCCACCAUUAAGGCCAUAAAGGAGGAAUACCUCAGUGAUCCUGAGUUUAACCCUGAGUUUGUACGCACAAAGUCACUUGCAGCUGCUGGACUCUGUGCUUGGGUUAUUAAUAUCAUUCGAUUUCAUGAGGUUUAUUGUGAAGUGGAACUGAAGCGCAAAGCACUGAGUCAAGCCAAUUCAGACUUGGUUGUUGCUGCUGAGAAGCUUGAAGUCAUAAGAAAAAAACUUGCUGAACUAGAUACAAGCCUGGCCACCUUAACAGCUGCAUUUGAGAAGGCUACAGCUGAGAAAAUUCGCUGUCAAGAAGAAGUGAAUAGAACUAACAAGACUAUUGAGCUGGCCAACAGAUUAGUGAAAGGUCUAGAGUCAGAAAAUGUUAGAUGGGCUCAGAAAGUAGCACAGUAUCGUGAACAGGAGAAAACACUAUGUGGAGACGUAGUGCUGACAGCAGCUUUCGUUUCUUAUGCUGGUUCAUUUUCAAAGAGAUACCGUCACGAGUUGGCUGAGAACCUUUGGAUGCCCUUUUUGAGAAGUCAUAAGUUUGCCAUCCCAAUGACAGAAGGUCUUGAGCCAAUCUCCUUGCUGACAGAUGAUGCAACAAUUGCCAAGUGGAACAAUGAAGGGCUUCCCAGUGAUAAAAUGUCUACACAGAAUGCAACUAUUCUCACAAACUGUGAGCGAUGGCCUCUGCUUAUUGAUCCUCAGCUCCAAGGAAGCAAGUGGAUUAAGAGUAAAUAUGGGUCUAAUCUCAAAGUUAUCAACUUGGGUCAGAAAGGUUAUGUCGAUGUUAUUGAAGAAGCAGUGGCUCUUGGACAUACUGUUCUGAUAGAAAACUUAGAAGAAACAAUAGAUCCAGUACUUGACCCACUACUAGGAAGACAUACACUCAAGAAGGGAAGGUUUAUCAGAAUUGGUGACAAAGAAUGCAGAUUUCACCCUCAUUUCCGCUUGAUUCUUCAUACCAAGUUGGCUAAUCCUCAUUACAAGCCAGAAAUUCAAGCUCAGACUACCCUAAUAAAUUUCACAGUUACCAGAGAUGGCUUAGAAGACCAGUUACUAGCAGUGGUAGUGGAUUUAGAAAGACCAGAUCUAGAACAGUUAAAGUCAGAACUUACAAAACAGCAAAAUGAUUUUAAAAUUGAGCUAAAAAUGCUUGAAGAUGAGCUACUGACACGACUUUCCGCAGCAGAAAGCAACUUCUUGGGUGACACAUUGCUGGUGGAAAAAUUAGAGACUACAAAACACACAGCAGCUGAAAUUGAAAUAAAGGUUUUGGAAGCCAAGGUCAAUGAAGCAAAGAUUAAUGAAGCUCGAGAACAUUACCGUCCUGUAGCAACACGAGCUUCUCUGCUAUAUUUUAUCAUGAAUGAUCUUAAUAAGACUAAUCCAAUGUACCAGUUCUCACUUAAGGCUUUUAAUACUGUUUUUCACAAAGCCGUGCAGCAAGCAGAACUUUCAGAUGACGUACAGGUGAGAGUAAAUAAUCUAAUAGACUGUGUCACAUAUUCAACAUUUAUUUACAUCAGUCGAGGAUUGUUUGAGAGGGACAAACUCACAUUUGCAGCACAACUUGCUUUUCAGCUUUCCCUUAUGAAUAAGGAAAUACAUGCUCGGGAGUUGGAUUUCCUACUUAGGUUUAACACAGAGCACAACUAUAACAGCACCUUAGACUUUCUGUCCAAUUCCAGCUGGAGUGCAAUUAAGGCAAUGAGUUUCAUGGAUGAGUUUCGAGGUCUGGACCGGGACAUUGAGGGAUCACCAAAACGGUGGAAGAAGAUCGUAGAAUCAGAGUGUCCAGAAAAAGAAACAUUCCCACAAGAAUGGAAAAGUAAAAGCUCUUUACAGCGUUUGAUUAUAAUGCGAGCCUUAAGACCAGACCGCAUGACUUACGCAAUUAGAAACUUUGUUGAGGAGAAACUGGGAACCAAAUAUGUAGAGGGAAGAAAAACUGAAUUUGCUAAAUCAUUUAAAGAAAGUGGUCCUGACUGCCCUGUUUUCUUUAUACUUUCUCCUGGAGUAGAUCCACUAAAAGAUGUGGAGUCAUUAGGGCGGAAACUUGGUUUCACCAUUGAUUCAGGAAAACUGUACAAUGUAUCUCUAGGACAAGGACAAGAAGCUGUUGCAGAGAUAGCUAUGGAAAAGGCAUCAAAAGAUGGCCAUUGGGUCAUCCUCCAAAAUAUUCAUCUUGUGGCUAAGUGGUUAGGUAGUCUAGAAAAACUGCUAGAGCUGUAUGGCAUGAAAAGUCAUAAAGACUACAGAGUAUUCAUGAGUGCAGAACCAGCCCCUACUCCUCAGGAACAUAUAAUUCCACAAGGAGUCCUGGAGAAUUCUAUCAAAAUUACAAAUGAAGCACCAACUGGAAUGCUGGCUAAUCUGCAUGCUGCUUUAGAUAAUUUUGACCAGAAUACACUGGAUCAAUGUUCACGUGAACAGGAGUUCAAAGCAAUUCUCUUUUCCCUCUGCUAUUUUCAUGCUUGUGUUGCAGAACGCAGAAAGUUUGGACCUCAAGGCUGGAAUAGAAAAUAUCCAUUUAACAAUGGAGAUCUUACAAUUUGUGUCAAUGUUCUUUACAACUAUCUAGAAGCUAAUGCACAGAUUCCAUGGGAAGAUCUCCGCUACCUCUUUGGUGAGAUUAUGUAUGGUGGUCACAUCACUGAUGACUGGGAUAGGAGACUAUGCCGCACUUAUCUAGAAGAGUACAUGCAGCCCAAUCAGUUUGGGAGAAGAUUGUCCUUAGCUCCUGGAUUUCUGAUCCCUUCAAAUCUUGAUUAUGAUGGUUACCAUAAGUACAUUGAUGAAGAGUUACCUCCUGAGACUCCAGUCCAUUAUGGCCUACAUCCCAAUGCAGAGAUCGAAUUCCUAACUGUGACUUCAGAUAACUUAUUGCACAUGUUGCUGGAGCUGCAGCCAAGGGAUUCCUUAACUGGUGAAGGGACAACACAGACUGUUGAGGAAAAGGUAAAAACUGUGCUGGAUGAUAUACUUGAAAAGCUGCCAGAAGAAUAUAAUAUGUCGGAUAUUACUUCAAAGACAGCAGAACGAUCCCCUUAUAUUUUAGUCUGCUUUCAAGAAUGUGAAAGGAUGAACAUUUUAACAAAUGAAAUCCGACGUUCCCUCAAGGAGCUUGAUUUGGGACUGAAGGGUGAGUUGGCAAUUUCCUCAGAGAUGGAACAACUGCAGACAGCACUUUUCUUUGAUAAUGUUCCUGACACCUGGACAAAACUGGCUUAUCCAUCAACGUACAGCCUUGCACAGUGGUACAGUGAUCUACUCUUGCGAUGCCGUGAACUUGAUGCCUGGACUCAGGACCUGUCCGUUCCUAGUGUUGUUUGGAUAUCAGGUUUUUUCAAUCCCCAGUCUUUUCUCACAGCUGUAAUGCAAAGCCUAGCAAGGAAGAAUGAAUGGCCUCUAGAUAAGAUGCACCUGACAGUGGAUGUAACAAAGAAAUUCAAGGAGGAAUAUGCACAACCAGCUAGAGAAGGGGCAUACAUUUAUGGUCUACAUAUGGAGGGUGGAAGGUGGGAUAUUCAAGGGGGUCAUAUAGCAGAAGCGCGCUUAAAAGAUUUGACGCCUUUGAUGCCAGUUAUUUUUGUCAGAGCCAUCCCAAAUGACAGACAAGAGACAAGAAACUUCUAUGAGUGUCCAGUUUACAAGACCAAGCUAAGAGGAUCAACAUAUGUGUGGAUAUUUAAUUUAAAAACCAAAGAAAGACCUUCAAAAUGGAUUCUUGCUGGAGUAGCUUUACUUCUAAGUGUAUGA